AUGGUAAGUCCAAAAAAGAAACUAGCAAGGAUGAGAAAUUGGUCUGAGCUCCCAAGCGAACUUUUGGAGUUAAUCAUAAAAAAACUUGUAGUCGUCGACACCAUUCGAUUCAAAUCAGUUUGUCGUUAUUGGAACAAAGCUGCUCAAUCUACCAUAUCUUCUCCAUCUUACAUUCCUAAGCCUCAGAUUCCAUUGCUCAUGCUUUCUACUAGACCAACAAUGGACCAAUUUCAUGGUUGUCGUUUCUUGAACCUUGAAGAGAAUGGCAAGGUUUACGAACUCAACAACGACGUAGUUUAUGGAGGAUUUUCUGAUGACGCACUCUAUGCUGGAUCAUCAUACGGUUGGUUGGCUAUUUUGGACAAGAAAACGGAACCAUACCUUGUAAAUCCUUUUUCAAGAGCUAAAAUAAAGUUCCAAUUGGAACCCACCACUCGAUUAAGAUUUGAAAAAGGUCUUGUUAUUAAAAUCGUCCUCUCUUCUAAUCCAUCUCGUAACAAGAAUUUCUCGGCUGCGGUUUUAUGUGGUAUUGUGCCACCCAAUAAUAGACUAGCUUUUUAUGAGCAUAGUGAUAACUCCAACUCAUUUACAUGGACAUGGUCUGAAUUUGAGAACGAGUUCUACUUCGAUAUAACAUGCCAUAAUGGUAAGGUAUAUGCAUUAAACUUUUUUAAUAGUGUUCAUAUAUGGGAUUUUCAUACUAGCUUGCCCAUAAAAGCCGUGGACACUAUAAAUGUUAAAAUGGAAGCAAAAAAAUUGGCAAUGGAACUUCUAAGAUACCCAGUGCCAAUGCCAGAUAAUUUAUCAUUAUUUUGUAGGCCAUGUUUUGUGGAAUCAUCCUCGGGUGAGAUUUUGAUUCUGAAACAAAUUCAUUUAUACAGUGUUGACAAUGAUACAAUGUCAACAAUUGGAUUCGUGGUCUUUACAUUCGAUGAUGAAACUGGGAAAAUUGAAUGCAUGCCACAAACUUUGUCGGAUCAAGCUAUCUUGCUAGGAAGAAGAGAAGCAACAUCCAUAUCGACUCGAGAUUUUCCAAAAUUAGAAGCGAAUUCGAUAUAUUUCAUGGAUGAAUAUCUUGAAAUCUAUAACCUGAAGAAGGAUAAAUUUACUAGGUGUGUUUACGAAUAUGGAUCAAGUACUAAGAGUUUGUCAUGUUGGAUGGUUCCUAAUCUUUGGUAA